AUCGAUAGCCAGUGAGAAAUCAAAAAAAAGAGAGAUAUAUCUAGGUUUUCGUCCAGUGUUCUAGAUUCUUGCCAUUUUAAAAACAGUUUACAAUCUUUCCUUCGGAACUUCUUUUUUUGUAUCUGUAAACUGUCGUGGUUACGCAAGAAUGGCUGACACUUCAAAAGAUUUCAAAAACACAAGUGGUUUUCCGCCAACAUGCCACAGGUUUGUCCACUACUGACACUAAUUAAUUCUUCCUACACCAAAAUAUGCCAAAAACUAAGCUGAAAAGACUUAAAUCAAGGAGAUAUCAUUCUCUGAUACAUAUUUAUCUAGCCAUUGAGUUCAAGUGCACAAUAAGAGAACUUCCAAAACAUCCUUCGUGGGCUGUCAAGUCACGGUUUUAUGGGCUUUCGCAAUGAUUUUAUGGGAGUUUAAAUUGUUUUCUUGGAGUUGAGCAAGUUACGUAGAAGCACCUCUUUUGUCCUUUGUCUGACUGACGGUUUAAUUGAUCUCACAGACAACACAUGACUUCUUCAUUUAUCUUUUAUCAACCAUUAGUUAACUAUUUCCGACAAGUCCAUCUCGGUUCAAACGAGAUCACUCGCGAUGAUGCUCAUGUGUCUACCUGUGUUACCUUGAAACAAAACAGAGAAGUACCGAGAAGUAAAUUUAUGUACAAUGUACAAGAACGAUGUGUGGCGAUCUCUACACGUUCAAACCAUUGUUGGUUUAAAGAUUAUAAUGCCAUCAAUCAAUGUCAUUGUGGGUAUUUUUUUACUUUACACCAAGCCGGUUCUAAGCUUACGAACAAUUUCAUGCAAACAUAACUUUAAUCCGGGUUGAGCGAUGAAAAACUUCGACAAAGACUGACUUGUGUUGCUUUGACCUGAAAAAUGUUUAGUUGAUGUUGAAUGUAAAAAGAACGAAACCCUUGGGUCCAGCUGUUAAUUGCUGUGGCUCAACUAUAAGGGCACAAGUCCCCUGCUGUUAGCUCGUCACGAAUGGGAACCAUACUUCUGUCUUCACUUCUUAUUAAAGAAAGUUGUGGGGGCCGUUAUUUUAGUUUGCAGAGGAUUCCCUAUGUGGUUAGCGUCGUACGCUUCCUCAGAACGAACGUCAAGCAGCUUUACGGCCUCAUCCACCCUCCAAAGUCAACUCGAACAUUUUGUUCCAUUUCCUGAGUUUUCCUACAUCCCGAAAAAGGAAAAAAUAAGAAAAGAUGAGUGGCAAAAGGUCUUCGUUUAGUAUCGAUACACUUCUACAGUUAAAGACGCCCGAGUCUGGUCAAUCCACUUCUGGUGCAACUGAGACUAGAGAACUCGAGACAAAUAAACCCGUCGCGAUGUCCUUAGCGGAACGGCUUGCAGAUAUCAUCAUUGAAACACGAGAAGGCAAGUUAAACAAGAAGCCCAAGCGCAUGCGCACAUGCUUCACUCCAUAUCAAUUACAAGUUYUUGAGAACACGUUUGCAAGAACGCAUUACCCGGAUGUAAUGCUAAGAGAACAGCUCGCGUCUUACACGAAUCUUGCGGARACACGAAUACAGGUGUGGUUCAAAAACCGGAGAGCGAAACAUCGAAGGCGUGAAAAGUCUCCAGACAAGCCCCCAAAGGAAACCAGCAGUGCUUUCACAAACUUCGACAACAGAGCCGGCAAAACAGAUCCUCUGACUGUCCCGACUUGUGUACGGUCACUGCGGGAUACGGCUUUUACAACCAGAAACCCGCAGUACAGCGGAGUGGUUACCGGGCAAAUGGGUUACGGCCAUCAACAAAACAUCCUGGAUGUCUCGCAAGUUGCGCCUUUGCCACCUUUUCAUUCCCUGGUAGCGUCUYCAUGUCACCACUCGGCUAGCACUUCCCAUUGCUACUCGUGUGCUUGGAAUAUUCACUGUCCUCGUUCUCUUGCUCCUGUCUCGUAUCCUCUUAACGAUGCAGUUCGUGAUGGACAGCUCUGCUACUCAGGAUCCUUUGACAGCAGCUCUAGGGUAGCAUCUCUUUCUAUUGGAUACAACUGAAUUGUUUGCCUGGCUGCAUAACAUCAAGAAGUCAAUUGAAAUAGAUCAGUGCAUUCUCUUUUGCCRUAGUGUGAGGUCUCGAAUUCUUACCUAUUUUCCUAUCUUAUAUAUAUWUUUGAAUAUUUUAGUCUAAUAUAUACAUAUUUAAAAUUUAUGGAAGGACCUUUAUUUUUAAUCAGAAAAGAGGUGGAAACACUGGAGAAAACUGAAAUCCUUAUAUUGCAUGUAGGACGCAAGGUGAAAGAAAUAGAAAAGGCCAUGUGAUUUUAUCGGUUUAAGGCUAGGAAGAAAGUACCUCCAAGUAUGCUUGCUCGUGGUCAACUUAAAAUACUGAAUACUGACAGCCAAAAGUAACUAUCUUAACAUAGCGCUCCUAAAAUAUCAGUAGCGGUAUAUUCACUACUACAAUUUGGUUUUAGUUUUGGAGCUAUUCUCGUGCAUAACUCAAGAUUCUACUUUCACUGGUUUGCCGWUACCAGGUUUUCUCCCCGUUUUGUCUAGCUACGCUCCCUUCACAAUAAAACUCUUUUGUCUUCAUCCCUAGGGGCCAUAAAGUAGAUUAAUUGGGGUGCCGACUUGGGCUUUUACUUAAUUCUAAAAAUUGAUAAUUUAAAAUAUUGAACAAGUUAAGAUAAACCUGAGUUUGCCAAUUCCUUGGUCCACUUUUCAUAAAUAGUAAACGGGUACGUUAUAUACUGUAAAUACACUUAAAAUGCUUGUCAAAGCAUGAUAUUUAGAAAGCAUUCAUAGAUUAGUAUACGCAUCUCAAUAGCUGUAUUAUAUAUAUAUAAUAGUCUAUAUACAGCCAUUUGCAAAAAUUAU